AUGUGCGAUGAUGACUUCUGUUUGUACUUCUCUUCACUUCACUUCUAUUUCAAACUAUUGCUUAUAUGUCGUAUUAUUCAUAGUUAUGUACAGCUAUUCAUUUGUCUUCGUGCCUUAUACUUUUCUCUGGCCCGUCACAUUGUGCUGCAUGCUGUAGUGACGAGAACACCGGGACUGAAAUGCGGCGGUCGACAUUUCGCCUGUAUUAGCGAACCCUUCCAGCGCAUUCCUCUGGCCUACCGUUGCGACGGAGAUGGAGACUGCACGGGUCGUGAGGACGAGGCAGAUUGUGGUAUGUAA